CUUUAUUAUAAAAGAAACCAUCAAUUUAAACCAAAUAAUGCCACUUGUAGAAUGCAUUUAUGAUUUAUCCAAUACAGUAAAUGGUGCAUGAGUGAUAAUAUGCUUUUUCUAUUGAACAACUGAUCCAUAGAAUAACAAAAAUUGAGAGAAGCAAGAGUUGACUGCAAACUGCUUUCCUUGUAAACCAAUUAUUACUCUUCUCUUCUCAGACUCUAGCAAGGAACUUAAUGGCAACUGUUGUUGCAGAAGCUUUCCUAUCAGCUUUUGUAGAGGUGUUGCUGGAAAAAAUAAUUUCUACUGAGUUUGUGAAUUUCUUUAGGAGCAAGAAGCUUGAUGUUUUGCUCUUGGAAAAUCUAAAAUUAACAUUGUUGAGUCUUCAAGCUGUACUAAAUGAUGCCGAGGAGAAACAAAUCACCAAUCCAGCUGUCAAGCAAUGGCUGGAUAACCUGAGGGAUGUUGUCUUUGAAGCUGAUGAUUUGUUAGAUAAAAUCAAUACUGAGGCAUUAAGAAGCAAAGUAAAUAAGGUGCGGAACAUCCUUUCUUCUAGUUUCAAACAGUCUUAUGGAUUGAUCAAUUUUGAUAUUCAAAGAUUAUUUGAAAGAUUGGAACGCUUUGCACGGAAAGGACACUUACUAGGAUUGAAAGAAGGUGCUUCGUGUCGUGUUUGGAAUGGAACUCCUACAAGUUCUGUGGUAGAUGAAUCUGCUAUCUAUGGCAGAGAUUGUGACAGAAAAAAACUUAAAGAAUUUUUGAUGCAUGCUAGGGAUGAUGGCAACAAAAUAGGAGUGAUUUCCAUUGUGGGGAUGGGAGGUGUGGGUAAAACGACUCUUGCUAAACUUCUUUACAAUGAUCCAGAAGUAAAUGAGAAAUUUGAUUUGAAAGGGUGGGCAUAUAUCUCGAAAGAUUUUGAUAUUGUUCGGGUCACUAAAACCCUUUUGGAAUCUGCUACUUUAGAAUCAAUUGAUACUACCAUACAUACUGAAUUUGUCACCUCAAGAAGAACCGAUACCAGUGACCUGAAUAAUCUACAAGUGCAAUUGCAGCAAAAUUUAAAUCAUAAAACUUUUUUGCUAGUACUGGAUGACAUGUGGGAUGGAAGCUAUGUGGAUUGGAACAAUCUCAAGGACAUAUUUAAUGUUGGGGAAAUGGGAAGUAAGAUCAUCAUCACAACACGAGAUGAAAGAGUUGCACUAGCCACACAAACUUUUCUUCCUAUCCACUAUUUGACACCCUUGCAAAGUGAUGAAUGUUGGUCUUUACUUUCCAAACAUGCAUUUGGAGCAAGUAACUACAGGCUACAGUCCAAUCUAGAAGUAAUUGGGAAAGAAAUUGCUAAAAAAUGUGAUGGUUUACCAUUAGCCGCUGUAGCACUUGGGGGUCUUCUGCGCACAAAGUUGACAAGGAAUGAUUGGAAUGAUGUACUUAAGAGUAAUAUUUGGAAUUUGCCAAAUGUUGAGGUGCAACCAGUUCUUCUAUCUAGCUAUCAUUAUCUUCCUGCUCCUUUAAAAAGAUGUUUGGCUUAUUGCUCAAUUUUUCCAAAGAAUUCCAUCUUAAAAAAAAAUAUGGUAGUUCAAUUGUGGAUUGCCGAAGGCUUAGUACAUAAGUCCAAAAGACAGAAAAGUUGGGAAAGAGUAGGAGAAGAAUACUUUGAUGAACUAGUGUCAAGGUCGCUAAUACGUCGACGGUCUAUUGAUGGGGAAGAAUUCUAUGAAAUGCACAACCUCAUCAAUGAUUUAGCUACAAUGGUUUCAUCUCCGUAUUGUAUCAAGUUAGACGAACAUGAACUAAAUGAUAAGGUACGCCAUUUGUCAUACAAUAGAAAGAAAUAUGACUCAUACAACAAAUUUGAUAAAUUAUAUGGACUUAAAGGUCUACGUACCUUCUUGGCCUUGCCACUACAAGAACCGGGGUGGUUGCUCUAUUCCAUAUCGGAUAGGGUAUUACGUGAUUUGUUGCCAGCAAUGAAACAGUUACGCGUGUUGUCGCUGUCAAACUACACGAGUAUAACCGAGUUGCCCAACUCUGUUGGAAAUUUGAUAAGUUUGCGAUACUUAAAUCUCUCUAACACUGCUAUUGAAAGGCUUCCAUCUGUAACAUGCAACCUCUACAAUUUGCAGACCUUGUUGUUGUUUGGUUGUUUGUGUCUCAUUGAAUUGCCUGAAGAAAUGGGAAAAUUGGUUAAUCUACGCAACCUUGACAUCAGAGGUACUCAAUUGAAGGAGAUUCCUGUGCAAAUAGCCAGACUACAAAAUCUUCAAACUUUGUCUGAUUUUGCUAUUAGCAAUCAUCGUGAUGGAUUGAAGGCUAGAGAGUUGGGAAAAUUUCCCCAUCUAAAGGGAAACCUUUCCAUCUCAAAGCUACAAAAUAUUAAUGACCCCUUUGAUGCUUUUGAAGCAAAUUUGAAGAUGAAAGAACAAAUUGACAACUUGGAACUACAGUGGAUUCCACAUGGCAGCAAUGACACUACUAGUCAAAGUUCACAAAUUGAAGCUCUUGUACUUGAACAACUUCAACCUUCAACAAAUUUGAAGAAUCUCACCAUCAAAGGUUAUGGUGGAACAAGCUUUCCGAAUUGGUUGGGUGAUUCCUUAUUUAACAACAUGGUGUAUUUGCACAUAAGUGGUUGUGAUCAUUGUUCAUUGCUCCCACCCGUUGGACAAUUACAUGGUUUGAAAAAACUCACAAUUUCUAGUAUGAAAUCAAUAAAGAGUGUUGGUUCUGAAUUCUAUGGAAGUGGUAGUUUUCCUUCAUUUCAACCGUUUCCUUCCUUGGAGACUCUAGACUUUGAGGAGAUGCCUAAGUGGGAGGAAUGGAACUUGAUUGGAGGUGCAGCUAUAGAGUUUCCAAAUCUAAGAAAUUUGUCUCUGGAAACAUGUCCCAUACUCAAAGGAAAUGUACCCCGCAACCUUCCUUCCUUAAUUGCACUUGAGUUAAGGUCGUGUGAUCUAUUACUGGAGUCAGGGCACUCAGCAAAUCAAAUCAUCCAAUUGAAAUGGUAUCCUCUUAAUUCUCUUCGGCAAUUGACCUUAGUUGGCUUUCCCUCUCUAAUGUCUUUUCCAAGACACGGUUUACCCAAAACCUUACAAUCUCUCACUAUCCAUGAUUGUGAGAAUCUAGAAUUCCUUCCUUGUGAGUCCUUGCCCAAUUACUCACCCCUCGAGGACAUAACAAUAUUCUAUAGUUGCAACUCAAUGGCAUCUUUUACCUUGGGCUCUCUCCCAGUCCUAAAAAAUCUUCAUAUAUCCGGUUGUAAAAAUCUCAAAUCAAUUUUCAUUGCAGAAGAAGAUGACUCCCAGAGUCUCUCAUUUAUUCAAAGUAUCACGAUAUGGCAUUGUGAUGAGCUGGCGUCAUUUUCCCUAAGUGGAUUUUCCACUCCUAACCUCAUUCGCUUCGAGGUAUGUUGGUGUAAGAAGCUUCAUUCACUUCCAGAACCAAUUGACACUUUCCCUUACAUUCAGGAAUUAAGAAUAGUUGACCUUCCAAAUCUGCAACAUUUUGCCAAAGAGGGUUUGCCCAUCAUUUUAAGAGAACUCACUGUUGGAGGGAUUUUGUGCAACACAAAUAUAACCAAGUGGGGUUUGGAACGUCUCACUUGUCUCUCCGAGUUGCACAUUUGGGGUGAUGACAUCAUGAAUGCAUUCAUGAAAGUGGAAGUACCAUUGCUACCUGCUUCUGUCAUAUCCUUACACAUCUCUUUAUUGUAUGACAUUAAAUGCUUGGAUGGAAAGUGGUUUCGCCAUCUCACCUCUCUCCAAAAUCUUGAGUGUUCAUUCUGUGACAAUCUCAAAUCGCUGCCAGAACAGGGAUUGCCUUCCUCUCUUUUUGUACUCAGUAUCUCUCAAUGUCCAUUACUUGAAGCAAGUUGGCGGAGGAAGCGAGGGAAAGAAUGGCGCAAGAUUGCUUACAUUCCCUGCAUAGUUAUCAACAACAAAAUAAUCACAUGAGUAUCCAGGUGUCAUGGUUGAUAGGGGACACUGGAGCUGAUGAUGCAGACUGAGUUUUGGUAAGUAGGGGAGGAACACAAGUGGAAGACAAAGCAAAAGAUGGUGGCUUCUAUAGGCUAAAGUUCCAAGAACUGGGCUUUUCAACACUGAAAGAAUCAAGGUAGUGUGCUACAAGUUUUCAAGGUUGCCUACUAUAUCAAAUUUAUCAAUGAUAAUGUCUUGCUAGAAAUGCUAAUCAAGGAAGCCCUUACGAAGGUUAUCAAUAAAUAUGAAAACCACUAUGUUAGGAAAGCAACUGGAACAUUCCAAAAUUGAGCAUAACAAGAAAAACUGGCAGUAAGAUGAUGUUUUGCUAAUGUGGCAAUUGAAAUUGAGCCUACAUCAGAAAAAAAAAGUAGUGCAGGGUAUCUGUGUCUCAUGCCAUCAAGACCAACACCAGAAGCUUUAUAUGGAAAUUUGUAUGAUGUGAUGCUUAGUAGAAUGGACAAUGUUGGCACACAAAUCAAUCUUCACAGUAGGGUAGACUUCAUGAAAAUAGAUCCUCUCUAUUACUAACAUUUUAGAGUGAUUUGGGGUGUUUAAUGAAUAUUCAGACUCCACCUAAUGUUACCCUAUCGUGUUUAUAUUUAAAAAAUUAUCGUAAAUAAGUAAAUGGAGAGGGUUCCGAAAGGUUAAAACUGUUUGUGACCAUGUAUUUUUGGAGUGCAGGGGGAUGUUAGCAAUUGGUGUUUUCAGGCAGAAUCUACCUGUGAGUCUAGUUUUAAACCACAAGAAAAAUUCAUAACACCGGCAACAUUAUAUAGAACUCGUAAACAAAAGUUUUAGGGAUAAUUUAUGUGUAUUAUUCAUACAAUCAAUAUUCAAUAUACAUUAUAUAUGGAAGAAAA